UGAUUACAAAAAACAAUUAAGCAAAUAAUUUUUGUUGUACAGGAGAUUAAAAAGCACGCUACUGACAGAAAAUAUUUCAUGUUUUUUUUAGAACAAAAAAGGCUACUACUGUAGUUCUUACUCCUUCUUUUAUUUUAUUUUUAAAGAGACGAGGUAUGCAAGAGGCGUGGUUUUGACAUAUUCUAAAAAGAAACAAAAAUUUCAUGAUUGAUGUGAUUAACCAAUUGUUUUAGUUUUUCUAUGAACCAAUAAUUACUCCUCACUAGUUUAUUUAACAAAAAUGAAAAAUUGUUUUUAAAAGAAAUUAUUGGUGGAUGAUGAGGAUGUGACAGUGACAGAAAUACACAACCAAAAUACAUUUAAACCUAACCUCAAACAAAUAAUAAAACUAAAGAUCAUGGGAAAGGUUUUUUCCUCGGUUAAACAUCCAUUUAAAAACUUUAAUUUAGAAAGUAGAGCACAUAAAAUAAUCUCUCAGCCCAAACCAUCAGCUGCACCACGAUUUAAGAAAGAUCAAAUCGAAUAUGAACGCAUGUUAAAAGACUAUUCACAAGAAUUUAAUGAAAGUUUAAAAAAAAACCCACAGCUUGACAAACGUUUAAAGGAUGUCUUUGUUGUUUCACGUGAUACUGAUAACUUGGAUAUAAAACAAGAACAAAAUCCUAACCGACCUCUUCCAGUUGAUAGAAAACAGGUGCAGCCUUUUUUAUAUGGUAUACAACAACCUAAAAAAGUUUCUCUUGGAAAAACAACAUUAGGAGAUGCACUAGAAUUCUUAACAAAAUAUCAAGGGGAUCCUAAAAAUUAUAAUGCUAAGAAAAUAUCUGAGCAAUAUUUUUUAGCUGAAGAUACCGUCAAAAAUAUAUUAAAGUACUUCAGAGUUUUUGAAGUAUAUAUCCCUCAAGAAAGACAAACAAAAGCAAGAUUUGCCGGUCCUAGUAGGCCUAAAAUUCAAAUUCUAAAAGAAAUAAGGAAGGAGUUGCCUCUACCAAAUGACCCUAAAGAAAAAACGUAGAUGAAUGUACAAAAUUAGGUUUUCAAUUAUUAAUUGUUGUAGUUUAAAGUAUUGUUAAAUAAAUAUAAAGCUUU